AUGGCUGAUUCAUAUGCGGCUCUCCUGGGGGUGGGAUCUCCUACUGCCGCAGCGCUGGCGGCGGAGUCUGGAAGACGUCGACCUUCAUUACAACAGGGCCCUACGAUACCCCCAACUAGAACCACCAACAAUGCAGGAAGCAGCUCGAAGUCCAGAAAUCGGUCUUCCUCUGCUACUGCAGCUGGAACGAGCUACCUACGCAACACAACAACUCCGACACUCAACUCAUCACCUUCGAUGGCCACGAUAGCGUCGACAAGUUCUACGAGCAGCAGCUAUAGAGGGGGAUUGUCGAGGCGGGACUCAGUUACAGACGUGGCUCGGAUCUUCCCGCAGCCACCAACGGGAGUGGGUGUGACGAGGGAAAAUCCUAUUGGAGACUCGCCGACAGCUUCACCAGAACCCAUCAAAACAAUGGCCAGCAGAAAGAUAAUGUCGACAGAACAAUUGAGAGAGGAUGACGAGUAUCACGGUGGAUUUGACAUGGAAGAUUGGGAUACCUCUAGCUUCGAGGAUGGGAAUCUUGCUGCACAAAAAGCUGCUGCAGACGUUGGAAUGAGGAGGAUGACUACAGGCAUCACGCGGAAGAUAUCAGACUCGAAAAGAAUUCGGCCACCAUCACCUAGUGAUGCCGAAGAGGAAGUUGGAGGAAGUAACUCGUUAGCCGAAGCUUUUGAUGAUAAGGGUUCGCUAGGGAAACAGAGGGACCAACUAGUGAUCCCCCCAGGAUCUGUGGGGAGCGAUAAGCGGGAAUUUACAACAUCAGCUUCUGCUUCAACAAUACAGGGAUACACAUCCUCCUCUGAUGAGGAAUCGGCUGCAUCCUCAGUCAGAUCUCACAGGUCUAUAGGAUCCAGAUCCCGUAGUUCAACAUCUGGGGCGUCAUCCAAAGCUGGCCUGCCCCAGAACAUGUCAUUUACUCAUUCGAAAAAGCGAGGGUCUAAAUCACACAAUGCGCCCCCACCAUUAAAUCUAGAGGCGCAAACCGACGAUCGGGCAUCGGGUUCGAGUACGUCUGCGGUAUUCAUGCUUGACAGCAGACGGCCCACUUCAAGGCCACCGACUGCCCCACCUGCUCGGUCAGCCACCGCUUCUCCGUCAAAGUCGAUCAACGCGUCGAUCAGACAUAAGCAGAGUGGUGGGCUUGAGGUACCUGGAAUAAUCACAAGUCCUGGAUCACCAGGAUCACGAUUGUCAUCAUUGGCUAGUUCUGCUGCCACUCAGGGGCCUAAAUCUCGAUCAAUAUCUGCAACGGCCUUAAACUUAAUCUCACGCUCUGAUAGUAGCUCUUCAACUGCCACAACACCCCACACAGCAAGGCUGAAUCCUGCCACAUCUACAACACCCGCAGGCCGGACUCAAAAGUAUCUUACCCAAAGAGACCGACAGGGAUCGUCAAAGGUUUCAUUGUCCUCCUAUGCAGCGCAGGCAGCCAAGAGCAAGGCUAAGGGGCAACCAAUACUCGAACCCCCAUUACCAGAUCCAAAAAAUGCACCAUCAGUGGCGCCAGCACCCGCCAGUGGUAUGUAUUGGUACAAGGCCGUGACUCACGGGCGAGAGAAUGUACCCGUUAGAGCUCACACUUGCACACUUGUGAAUAAUAAUAUUUAUGUUUUUGGGGGCUGUGAUGUCGGAACAUGUUUCAACGAUUUGCACGUCUUUGACGCAGAUUCAAUGUCAUGGUCCAAACCAAUUGUUUCUGGGGAUAUUCCACCGCCUCUCCGGGCAAUGACGUGCACUGCUGUCGGAAGAAAGCUCGUGAUAUUCGGAGGUGGUGACGGGCCAACGUAUUACAACGAUAUAUAUGUUUUUGAUACUAUUACAAACAAAUACACACGUCCAAAACUUCGUGAGGGAACAGCAGUACCCUCAAUGAGAAGGGCCCACACGGCUUGUUUGUACCGAUAUGGAAUUUACGUAUUCGGCGGUGGGGAUGGUGUCAAGGCAUUGAAUGAUGUAUGGAGGCUUGAUGUAUCGGAUCUCAGCAAGCCAUCAUGGCGAAGCAUCUCACCAUCCCAGCCGCUAUCGCGCGUUGGGUCAUCAUCGACAUCAUUGGUAGACCAUCCGGAUCGCCAGGCAAGGCCAACGGCCCGAGGUUAUCACACCGCCAACAUGGUUGGCUCAAAGCUCAUCGUCUAUGGCGGGAGCGAUGGAGACGAAUGCUUCAGUGAUGUCUGGGUAUUCGAUGUAGAAACAAGCAUAUGGCGCAAUGUUGGUAUUCCACUCAGCUUCCCCAGGCUGAGCCAUACCGCCACGAUUGUUGGCAGUUAUCUGUUUGUUGUCGGCGGACAUGACGGUGUCGAGUACUCGAGCGAGGUUCUGCUGCUUAAUCUUGUGACUAUGCAGUGGGAUAAGAGAAAGGUCUAUGGACAGCCGCCAACUGGUAGAGGCUACCAUGGCACAGUUUUGAACGAUUCAAGACUAUUCGUGAUUGGUGGUUUUGAUGGACAUGAUGUGUUCAAUGACACUUAUAUCCUCGAGCUUGCCGUUAGCAGUUAUUACUCGCAAAUCUCGCACUUUUCCAUCGAGGUAUGA